AUGUCAUGUAAAGACUUUAGAGAUAGGUUACCUACAUUGCAUGAAGUUCUUUCUCGAAGAGCAGAACCACCAGUUGAUCUGUUCAAUUUUUACAUCUAUAUGAGAGACCAGGCACAAAGUGUCGAUUUUGUAAUAGACCUUGAUUUAUGGUUAGACAUUAUGCAACAUACAUCAUUAUGUCGCCUAUAUGUGCGGGAACUACGAAGAUCUAUUCUUGUUUCAACACCAAACGAAUUUGAUAAAAAUACAAAAGAAAAACUAAAGAAUUUCAAAGAAGGAGAAGAAGGGGAUUAUUUACGUUCUACUAUGUGUUCAGAUAAAGAUAUCGAUGUUCAUAUUGUAGCAUCAAAUCUUCACAACUAUGGACCAAUAAACGCUGAAUUAAAUAAUAAUCGUAAUAGCACUAAUAAAGGACGCAAUAGAGAAUCUUGCAUUUCAUCAGAAGAGUCCCAUAAUUCAUCAGAAGUGACACAAACUAUCAACCGUAAGGAUAUUCGUGCAUCUGCAGAAAGAGUACUUUAUGCAUACUUAAUUCAAGGUGCAGAAAGAGAAGUAGCGCUUCCUUCUCAUAUUCUUCGAGGAAUUGCAACUGCAAUAGAAGUAGAUGGAAGAGAUGAUCCAGAAGUUUUUGACGAAGCAAGAGAUUAUGUAUUUCAGGCCAUGGAACGUGAUGCAUACCCGGGUUUUUUGCAGGCCAAAGCCCUAGGAAAUAUCAUUCCAUUAAGCAGUCUCCUUCGACUACUUUUAGGUCUUUUAUCUCUAUUUGCAGGACUUUGGGCGGGUUUUACUUUAAUUUUCCUUGGUGCAACAAGAAGCAAACGAACAUGGGUAUUCAUACCAUUUUUAAUAGGAAUAUACUGUCUUUAUGCACAUCAAUAUUUUCUUGAUCCCAUUCUAGUCAUUAUUGGAUUAUCAGAAACAACCUUUUUAUCAUAUAUGCGCAUACGAGAACCAUAUGUCAAAAAACUAUUACUAAAAAGAGCUUUAUGGGUACUACUAUUAAUCGGAGUUACAGCAAUAGCAAUAUCUUUAUUAUUCAUUUUAGUUCCUUCUUAUAAAUUAUAA